AUGCACCUGAGCCGAUUGCCUGCAGCUAAAGGUGACCUCUCGCUCAUCCCCGCCUCCCUGUCCUCUUGUACAGACACAGAUGUUGGGCAGAGUACUGACGAAAAGCAGAAAGCUGAAGAGGCGCAGUAUAGAUCUGACCUGGUUUCUUCACCGGCCCCGCAUUGCUCCACGCGCGGAGCGAAAAAUAAUAGCCAAAGAUACUUCAGCACGAAUAAUGUGGCCCACUGCAAGAAAAAUGAACAGUCCGUUGCCGGCAAUGAGAUUUCUGAGACUACUUCCAAGAGUCCAGAGACAGCAAAGGAAAAUACAAAAAAAGACUAGUUGAGCAUUAUCAAGGGUAUGAAAGUUGAACUGAGCGCAGCAAAUGUACAGACAACAAGGCCAUCCGGCCAAAGGCUGCCAAAAAGCGUGGAGGCCACAAUCGGCAGGCCUCCACGGGCCGUGGAUGAAGCCCCGAGGAAGAGAGCCAAGCCCCUGAGUCCUGAGUUGGUGGCAGCCGCAUCCGCUGUUGCGGAUUCUCUUCCCUUUGCUAAGCAGAAGAGCAAGUCAGACCUGCUCAGGCAGGUCCGGCCGCACGAGGAGGACCCGCGGGCACGGAGAGAUGGGUCCAGACCGAAAAUUAGUUUCGGUAACAUAAUAUCAGAUAUGAAAGUUACCAGACCUGCUGCAGUUAGAGUUCCCCGAAGACCAGAGCACCAGAUUCAAUUUGAUGAAGAGUCCGACAGCUCGCCUGAGCAGUCUGCCGAUCCCAGGAAAAGUGUUAGGAGAGAUUUAUUCAAAGGGAAGAGACUUAAUAUUUUUGACAUUGAGACAUUUACUGAAGAAGCACCUAAAACAGAAGUGUCGCCUUCGCUCUGGGAUAUUGAAUUUGCUAAGCAGUUGGCUGCAGUCAGUGCACAGCCCUUUCAGAAUGGCUUUGAGGAGAUGAUCCAGUGGACCAAGGAGGGGAAGCUGUGGGAGUUUCCGAUUGAUAACGACGCAGGUUUUGAUGAUGAUGGUUCAGAAUUUCAUGAACACAUUUCCCUGGGUCAGCACCUGGAGGUGUGUUUUUUUAUGCAAAAAUAA